CCAACUCACACGGGGACGGCAGGUUCCGCUGUGAGCAGGACUCCCGUUGUAAGUCAAAAAUCUGCAUAAGGAACCUUUGCACUUCGAUCCGUCCGUAGAUCUCUGGACUCGUUGCAGACAAUAAUGAAUAAAGCUACACAUUCCCCCGGGAGGAUCAAGAAUCAGGAUAAUGCCACAUGGCUGAUCAGUGUCACCAUAUAUCAGCCCAAGCACUGCUAUGGCACCUAACGGGACUUCGACCCAGAAAAAUCAGAUCCAAAGAGCGCACUGGGGGUGUACAGCACUUACAGAACAUGGGUGCCUGCAUACACAUUUAAUGAUCCUGCUGAGUUCUUACAUAGCAUUUUAGAAAGGAGCUAAGACAUAAAUCCAGGUCCUGACCUCCUGUGGUAUUCAAGUUCGCACGGCACUUUUUCUAAAAUAAGGGGUGUCACCUCCGUUAUUCUGGCUAAACUCAGGGCCACAGAGAACAUCUCCAUCAUGAGCUUCAAUGGAAAGUUUGAACUCCAGUCCCAUGAAAAUUUUGAGCCUUUCAUGAAAGCCCUUGGUCUUUCUGAUGAAUUGAUCGAAAAGGGCAAGGACCUCAAGAGCAUCUCAGAAAUUGUGCAGAAUGGCAAAAAGUUCAAGGUCACCGUGACAACUGGCAGCAAAGUGCUGACCAAUGAGUUCACUAUUGGAGAGGAGGCCGAGCUGGAGACCCCCACUGGAGAGAAGGUCAAGGCUGUUGUUCAAAUGGACGGUGACAAUAAACUGGUCACGAACUUGAGCAAAAUCAAAUCUGUCACUGAAAUAAAGGGAGACAUAGUCACCAAUACAAUGACCAUGGGAGACAUCAGCUACACGCGAAUCAGCAAGAGAAUCUAGCUAGCCUGUGCAUUUCCUAUACUGUGUAAAGUGUGCCCAA